GCACGGUGCACGGGGCACGGGGCUGGCUAAGCUGGCUAAGAGGCUUCUGCUGCUGAUUGAAGUCUAGCAGAGGGCAGCAUCAGCUGCUGUCAGUCAUUGUACCUUUGAGUUGGCCCUUAGCGCUGCCCCACCCAGCACCACACAGAACUCGUAAUUAGUUGAAGGUACUGCUGAAAAUUUGCAACUAAUUAGCUUUUAAUUAAUUUUGCACUCCACCUUUCGCUAAGUGCCGUGCGAACUGAACUGAAAGCCAACAAUGGGAUCAACAAAUUACAAACAAAUCUCAAGCAGAGCUGAGGCAGCAGGCACUGGGGGAGAAAACUUGAACCUGCCGCAGGUUAAACUGAUUGAUACCUAGACGACAUCCUGUGAAUAAAUUCGAAUAUAUAUGAGGAUUGCCAAAGCUGCCAAGGGUAGUCAAAGGUUGCCCCCGGGGCGAAGCGACAGUUGGCGGGCUUCCACUUCGAGACGUGACGAGCCCCCAGGUCAAUCUAACAUGCAUCCCCUUCUCGACCCAGACGCCCAUAUGCAAUAAAAUACACACAAAUAUGUAUGUAAAUAACUGCGUGCUCAUCUGAUAUGUUUGGAACGUUGAUUCCUUUAUUAGUGAACAGAUUUAUUUUCGGUUUGGCCCAGCAGACACGCGUGUCGGUUCGACUCAUAGAAUAUGCACCCCGAGUAAAAGUUUUGCUAAUUAUAGAGGGAGUGUAGAGCUCCUCCUUGAAUGCGUGCAGCGAGUCGAUUGGUUUUCAUUUUAGAGGAGAGAAACGACUCCAGAUGAUAAUUAAGCUGGCAAACUUCUAAGAAACUUGUGUUAAUAAUAGUUUUAACGUAAAGUAUGCUUGUUUCAUAAAUUGUUUAUUUUUACAGCACCUAUGAUAUUUCCAGCUAGUUGUGCAUUAAAAAUAUCCUGCAACGCCUACUCAGUCUAUUUCUGAAAGCUGAAGAGAUAUUUUAUUUUUAUGAAUAAUGCAAACGAUCAAUAUAGAGAAAGACACAUGCCAAGCCACACCUUUUAUUGUAUUAUUUCUGUAUUUUUCAAGGCUUUCAGUCAGUUGAUUUUAUUAGGUGGAAAUGCGUAAAUGCGUUCGGGCUAACAGCAUUAUAAAAACAAUGAUAAAUUUAAUCAAUUUAAGUUCAGAGAGCUGACAAAAUCAAUUUACUAUGGAAGGGGCGACAAAAAACGGCAAACAGCAACAAAGAGCAACAACAAAAUGGCAUAAAUAAAAGGCUAGAAAGGAAAUGGAAAAACAAAUAAUGAUAUUUGGCCUAGGCAACAACACAAACAACAACAGCAACAACAACAAACGGGAGCGAACGAGAAAAGUGAGAAUGCAAAAAAACGUAAUAAAACUAUAAUAGUGCAGAUAUAAAAACACUUGGAGCUAACAAACUGUAACUCGAUAGUGGAAAUUAAGCAAAAACUAGCUGGGCAAGCGAAAGUAUCAGUGCGAGCGAUACAGUGCGAAUAAUCGGGAUAUUCAAGGAGCAUACCUGCGACAAAGAGAUCCAAAGAGAGAGAGAGAGAGAGAGAGAGGGAGAGAGAGAGAGAGGAGAAAGAGACAACAGACAAAAAGCGCGAAACACACGGCACUGGAUGCCACCACCAAGCAGAAUGUUGACCCUUUCGACGCUGCUCUGCUGCAUGAUGGGGCUGACAUUGGGCUACCAGCGGCAGUCUGUGAGCAACAACAACAAUCACAACAAUGUGGAUGCAAAGCCAACACAUCUGCCACCAUUACACUAUCCGCAUGGCCACAAAUGGAAUGAGCCGUAUUUCGAUUUGACAAUGCCAAGGAAUAUCACAUCGCUGGUGGGCAAGUCCGCAUAUCUGGGCUGCCGGGUCAAGCAUCUGGGCAACAAGACGGUCGCUUGGAUACGUCAUCGGGAUCUGCACAUACUCACCGUGGGCACCUACACCUACACCACGGAUCAGCGUUUUCAGACCUCCUAUCAUCGCGAUAUUGACGAAUGGACAUUGCAAAUCAAAUGGGCCCAGCAGCGCGAUGCUGGCGUCUACGAAUGUCAAAUAUCGACGCAGCCGGUGCGCAGCUAUUCGGUCAACUUGAACAUUGUGGACCUAAUUGACGAGGAGACGAGCAGUGUGAUGCAGCAAUAUUACAACGACGAUGCCUUCUACAUAGCCGCGGAUCGGGUUUAUCAGUCCAGCGAUGACGAGUUUGCGGGCAUGUUUGGCCCCAUUCAGACAGUUGCGGUGCCCACGGCCACGAUUCUCGGCGGACCCGAUCUGUAUGUGGACAAGGGCAGCACCAUAAAUCUAACAUGCAUCAUUAAGUUCAGCCCGGAGCCGCCGACACACAUCUUCUGGUAUCACCAGGACAAGGUGCUCAGCGAGGAGACUGCGGGCGGCCGGUUGAAAUUUAAGACCAUUAAAUCGGAGGAGACCAAAUCAAUUUUGCUUAUCUACGAUGCGGAUUUAUUGCACUCUGGCAAAUACUCCUGCUAUCCAUCAAACACAGAAAUUGCCAGCAUACGCGUCCACGUGCUGCAGGGCGAGCGACCCGAAGCCAUGCAAACGAAUGCGGCGCCGGCUGCCGUCGCUUUGGCCUGGACCUGCCACACGAAACAGGCAACGCAGGCAGUCAAAGUAAUUAGCACAAUGGUUGCGGCAUUUGUAUUGUUGGAGGCCUGCUGCACACUGCUGCUCCAGGGAGCAGGAGGCGGCGGAGGUGGGCGCGAAGGACAAGAAGACAGAGCAGGACAAGAGCAGCGUCAAGCGGCGCAGGCGAACAGGAGCAGCAACAGCAACAGCAACAGCAACAGCAGCUGCCCUAACCGCGACCAUGUUGGCCAGCGGACGACGUCAACUUCGGGCAACCAUGUCAAUAAGAGCAGAACAACUGCGCGGUGAUAAAUUAAAGCAGCCCGGUUAGAAGCGCCACAGAACCGCCACCGCCAAUGCGCCGCCAGCCAAGCAGCAGUACGUAACUAAGUGGGCUGCCCACUGGAGGGCAAUCGAGAUGUGAGGCCUGGCUGUCGCUCAAACGAUGCAGAUGAUGCAGUGCAGCAGAGGCUGCGCCGGUGCCACUGGCAGCAGCUGCAAUGCCAAAUACUAAAACAAGAAAGGUAAGCUAAUUACGCUAAUGAUGAGCCGCUGCAUAUGAUUCGUCGACGACUGCCGCCAGCCUGCUGCAGCGACUGCUUCUCGAAUACUCUCUAAGUUGUAAGUAAGUGCGUGUAUAAUUUAGUGGGUUGCGACUGGCUAAAGCUGGGACAGCUGUGUACAUAGUACUCUUACCUAAAGUCAUAUGCCAGCACUAGAGACAUUAGUAGAAUAUAAAUUAAGAGAGAAGUUGAUUAAACGAAGAAACUUAAAUAAUGUAUAAAUCAUAUAUGCUACUCACUAAUAGAGAAACCCGUUCGGUCAGUAAUAAGUAAAUACUCGAAAGCCAACUAAUUGCCAGUUUUCGUUGUGUACAUUGGAGAUCUGUAAGCAGCUUACGAUCGGCAGUAGCUUAGACAUGUUCCACGAUAAUCACUUGUAUAUAUUUGUAGACCUAUUUCAUAAGCAAUGUAAAUACUUACGAUUACUCUUACUGCCCGUACCUAAUCAGGUGCAGCUACAAGGCUAAAUAUUCAGUUUUGUUCAUCCAGUAUAUUGUUAUAUGUUCCUAUUACCAGGCCUGCAUUUGAAAGCCUCUUCGUUUGUCGGUACAAAUUUAUUCGGCCUCGCCUCUUCCAUCCUAAACUAUCAGUUAUCUCCCCAUACUUACAUUGCCCGAGUCUGUGCAGAGUUUGGCAACAUUCUCGAGCCAUAUGUUGGGUUCCUUCGGCAGGAUACGGGGCUCUUAUCUCCUUCCUCGAAAAUGUCAUGCGCCUGUCUUGAGUAUUCCGCAAAGUUUUCUCUGUGUGCGCACAGUCCCGAAAGUCUGCAGUUUGCUUUAUUUGUAGUCACAACUUCAUCGUGUCCGGCCGUAUUUCCCAGCAAGCUGCAAGUCACUUUGCCAAUGGCUGUCAACAAAAUAUUUGCAUUUAUAUUUGCCAAGCAGCCCGUUCAGUCAAGUAGCACCCAAGCAUUCGGUUCAGUUUAGUCCUGGUCUGUUUUGUUCCGUUCAGUGCUGGAUCGAUGGCACAUAGUUGCCCAGGUACUCCUAUUCCCAGGAUAGCCUCGCCGCCUCCUGCCUGGCGGUCCCCUGCGCCACUUAAUGUCUCCCAUUUAAAAAUGCAUGCGACUGUCCGCUUUAAUGGCCGGUCGACUAUUAAAUGCGAUGGCCGGGGGCAUGGCCGGGCAUUAAACUGUAAACUGUUGAAAAUUGUAAAUAAAAUCGCAUAUAUGUACAUGUACGUAUUCGAAUAAAUUAAAGCUGCUUUAUUUAACUAGAUAUGGUAGUCGUGCGUGUGACCAUUUCCAAAGAAAAACCAAUUGCUGUCAUAAAUAUUAAUAUUAAUAAUUAAAAAUUAUAAAUGUGCGCCAGUGAAGUUUGUCGCGUCAUUUAUGGGAAUGUUUAAUGAGUAUAUGCAAAUGCUGCUAUAAGCAUAAGCGCGAAAGCGAGAGCAAAAACAAAAACCGAAACCGAAUAUAUAAACAAACAAAAACAAAACAUGAGUAUAUGCAGUUAAGAGCAAAGAGUACAUCUGUGUAUGUAUUUAGGCCCUGUAUAAAAAUAAUAUCGAGUAUUAUAAUCAGACGUAAUAAUAACAUGAAUAGCGAUAAAAAUAAAAACACUAAAUAAAACUAUGAGCAUACGAAUAUACAAAUGUCAGACAGGCAAAUGAUGAUGAUGUUGAUGAUAUUUUGUUACAAACAAAAUGAGAACGCAUUAUAAUGGAUUAUAAAGUUGUUUUAAUGUUUAAGUGAGUAGCGCCAGCAGAGCGUUAACAUGCAUUAGGAUUAACUACGUUUAUAAUGAAAACCGCAAAUAUUUAAAUAAAGUUUUUAGUUAUUAUGAAAAUGGUAAAUACUGCA